AUGGACGAGCUGAUCCCGACGUUUUUGGAGAUCACCAGCACGGACGACGUCGAUGUGGCCAAGACGUUUCUGGACAUGUCUGGCGGCGACCUGGACACGGCGGUGAGUCUUUUUUUUGAGCAUGGAUCUGGAAUAGGUACGCGGGAAUCAUCGAACGACGCAGAGCUGGCCGGUAGGUUACAGCAGGAGAUGUACCAGGAGCCACAGCAGGAGCAGGAAGAUAUUAGAAUGCCGAUCCAGCCUGUUCACGAUCAAUUGGUGUCUGAUUACAUGAGAGUUGAUCCGCAAAGAGGCAUGUUUGGGCGGACCCAGGUUGGUAUUUUCAACCAAUUGGAGGGCGAGGACGAAGAAGACGGCGUGGAUGUGAUUGAUAUGGACGACGAGGACUCGGACGAAGAUUCGGACGAUUUCCAGAUGUUGGAUGAGGACGGAGAGCCUAUUAGACAGCAAAAUAACAGAAGAGCAAGAAGACGGCGAGAUUUCCGCACAAGCACCCAGCGACGUCUGGCCAACAUUUUCCGGCCUCCCUGGGACAUUGUACAGAAGCUGGACCUGGACGGAGCCAAAUUGGUGGCAAGACAGGAGAAAAAAUGGAUCCUGGUGAAUAUCCAGGACAUGACCGAUUUCCGGUGCCAGUGUUUGAACAGAGACUUCUGGUCUAACCAGGAGAUCAAGGAGAUUGUGAGGGAGAACUUUGUCUUUUUGCAAUACCACCACGACUCGCCGAAUGGAGAGUAUUACAUCAACAUGUAUCCAUUUUCCGAGUAUCCUCAUUUGGCCAUCUUGGAUCCGAUCACAGGCGAGCGACUCAAGAUGUGGAGCGGUGUUCCGGACAUCAACAAGUGGGUGGAGCAGGUGGUGGAUUUUAUGGAUCGGUUUUCGCUCGACAAGGAUAAAAAGAACCCUAUGGUGCAGCACUCGGUGAAGCCAGACGUGAACAGCAUGAGCGAGGAACAGCUGAUCGAGAUGGCCAAGUCACACUCGCUGGACCCUUCUGCUGCGGUGCAACAGGACAGCGUGGACAUUGUGGACGGCGAGGGAACGAAAGACCGCCCUAUCGAGCUCGAGAGCGACGAGCCGGUCAUCGAGGCCGUGGACGUUCCAGACCCCGAAGGAACAGCAGUGACACGGAUCCAGAUCCGGUCUGGAGACGGCAAGCGUGUGGUGAAGAAGUUUGCGCUGGAGGACCCGGUGUUGCGGGUGUUUCAGUACGCCAAGUUUGCGUUUGACGUUGGCGACAAAAAGUUCCAUCUGGCCAUGCAAAGAGAAAACCUGCUGGACAAGCUGGACACCACGAUCGAGGCCGCCGGGCUAAAGAACGCGUCGCUGCUACUGGAGGUGGAAGAUGAAUAG